AGUAGCAUUAGGAUCAAGAUCAGGAAAGUGACAACACGCAGACAGCAAAUAGUAGUACGCCUGUGACAUGUUCACCUUGUUGGCUUUGUGAUGCGUCCACCCAUUACUUCAGUCUGAAGUUAUCAGCCUCCGUUGUGCAUCCUCAAAUAAGUCGGAACGGAUAGGAAGCCUGUGAAUACCGCACGGGACCUGGACGUCACCAAGGCACAUGAUCAAGAAGGAGCUUCGCUGUCCUCAAGAGGAAGACCUACUCAACAAAACACAAGUUCUUUCCACCAAUAUAAUAAUUUUGUGUCUCAGGAUAAGGAAGCAGCAUAGAUCACAGCCUGAAAGACCUGAAAACCACAAAGAUGACAGUGAAGACGGUUGAUGUUGGUAAGCGAGACAGCACAAAAUCAUACAGUGAAAAUACAAGCAAAAAGUUGUCAGAGGUCAAGCACAAUAUCAAAGCUAAGAAGGAACGAAGUAAUGGUCCGCCAACGAAGGUAGUAAUGCGGCGACUGCCUCCAACCAUGACCGAGGAAGAGUUUAUGGAGGCCAUCAAUCCAGUGCCUGAGUAUGACUACUUCACUUUCUGCCCUGCUGACAACAGCCUGGGUCCCAAUGCCUUUACUCGGGCUUAUAUCAACUUUAAGAAUUCUUCAGAGAUCUUCAAUUUCAGAGACAAGUUUGAUGGAUAUGUGUUUGUGGAUCAGAAAGGCAACGAGUUCCCAGCCAUGGUAGAGUUUGCCCCAUUCCAAAAGGUACCUAAGAGGAUCGGCAGUAAGAAGAAGGAUGCUCGCUGUGGCACUAUUGACCAGGACCCAGACUACUUGGAAUUCCUGGAGACUAUUGCCAACCCAGAGACAGUCACUCUGCAGCCCUUGGAAGCUGUAUUAGAAGAAAUACAGGCACAUGAUAGAGAACUGAAGGCCAACAAUGGAUAUUUGAAAGUGAAGACACCCUUACUGGAAUACAUUGAGCAGAGGAAAGCAGAAAAACUGAGAAGUAAAGAGGAAAAGAGGGAAGAGAGAAGGAGGAAAGAAUUUGAGAGAAAAAAAGCAAAAGAAGAUGAGAAGAGGAAGAAAAAGGAAGUGAAGGAACAGAAGGAGAUGAAGAAAAAAGAUGAGCAAAAAGAAGAUGCCUCUGGGGUCAAGCUACAAGUACUGCAGCCAGAACGUGGCAAGGAUGACAGCCAGGGGGAUGUCCGACCAACCAGGAAGGAGAGAGACAGGGAGCGAUAUGAGAGAGAGAGGCAGCGGAGAAUGGAAGAAGACCAGCAGAGAAGAGAGAGGGAAAAGGAAAAAGUGAAGUUUAACCGCAGAGAUAAGGAAAAGGAACGAGAAGAGAGAAUCAGGCGGCAGGAGGAAAAGUUCCGAUUAAGGGAUGAAGAGAGGCUGAGGCAGAAGGAGGAAGGAAAGGAAGACCGAAAUAGACACAAGGAUGAAGGGCGAGAUGAUAGACUGAGGCACAGAGAUGAAGGGAGGGAGGAUAGAGUCAGAUACAGAGAUGAAGGAAGAGAUGAUAGAAUACGUCAUAGAGAUGAUGGAAGAGAUGAUAGGACACGACACAGAGAGGAAGGAAGAGAAGAUCGAACAAGACACAGAGAUGAAGGCAGGCAUAGAGAAGUGAGAGAGGAUCGAACAAGACACAGGGAGGAAGACUGGGAGGAGCAGAGUAAAUAUAAGGAAGAGGGAAGAGAGGAAAAUGUGAGACAUAGAGAUGAAAUGAGGGAGGAAGGAGGUCAAGAGGGUCAUCGUGUACAUAAACCUGAAGGAGUCAAGUCUAAGCGGUACAGUGAAGGAAGGAAGAAAGAAGAGAAGGACAGAAGGAUCAAGGAAGACAGAGGCAAGAGAUAUGAGGAUGGGCAUAAAAUAAAAAGUACAGAUGAUAAUGGAACAUCAGUAGAGGCAGAUGAUCAGCAAAGAGGCGAGUCAAACAGCAAGGAUGGAGAUGCAGGGGUAGGGAUAUCUGCAGAAAAAACAGUCACACAGAAGAAGAGAGAGAAAGACCCAAGAGUUGAGAGGAGAAUCAGGAACAAGGACCGACCAGCCAUGGCUCUCUACCGGCCAGGGCAGUCUCGCCUCAGUAGCCGAAUGAGGAAUGAACGAGAAGAGGGGGUGGAUACCUCCUCAUCUAGCCCCAGCCCUGUCAUGCUGGAUACAAAGAAGCCAGCACCACCCAAGAAAAAGGGAGCAUCCACCCAGAAGAAUGAAACUGGAGGUGACCACUGCAGUGACAGUCUGUCUACUGCUGACAAUCAGAAAGAUGACAAUAGUGUUGCUCAGAGGGACAGUGGUGGGGAGGAUAACAACAAGGAUGAAUGAACUAAACUAAAAAAAAAUAUGUCUGUACAGUGUACACUGAACCAUUAGUACCACAGAUUCUAAGCAGAGAUAUGAAAAGAGCCAUUGAAAAGCAAGAAGCACCACAUAUAUGUAUUAUCAUGAUCAUGGAUGUGUCAUAUAGGAAAUAUAAGGGUAAUGAGGAUGGUGUUUUAUCUGAAAUAAUGAGAAUAGUGAUUUUACAAAGUAGUUUCCAUUACUCCUAGAAAUUCAGGAGUCCUCUAACAUCAAAAAAGAACUAGCUCACAAGUGCAAAAGAAGUCACAUUUUGUAAUCGUCAACUUAUGCUGUAUUUAAAUAACUUAUAUCAAUAGCUUGUGCAAAUGACAGUGAAAGAAAUUUAGAUUCAUAUGUUUUUAUGCAAUCUGCUUAUUUCAAUAAAACAGGUAAGAUUAGAUAAGAUACAACAUAUGAAAAGCAUGGAAGCUUUUUGUGAUUUUGUGAUUGAUUUUGUGAUGUAUAUCUUUAUAACAUAUGCUAUGAAUUUUGACAUGUAUAUUAUUACAAACAGAA